AUGCUCCACAAAGCCAGUGUUUUGUUCGUAUUGAAUCGUGGCUGUUCGCUGAGGUUUGUUCCUGAUGCUGAGGAGGUUCUGGAGAGCGGCCUGCUCCUGGAAGAGUCUGGAAUACUGUACGCUGGACUGGAGCGACACACGGAGGACUGGAGCGUCGAGCCGCGCUGUAGUUUGAAUGAUAGUGAAUCUGAGGAGGUUCUGAACGCCAUGAACCCGAACGAGAUGUACACGUCAGCGGUGUGUGAGAGCGACAGCGGUCUGUCUGAAGAUCAGUCCUCAGACGGAGCCCACGAGCAGAACCUCGGUAACACCGUCUAUCAGGUGGUGUAUGACAUCAGCGGUGUGGGCGGAGCCUCGGAGCAGCAGACGCCACAGAUGGACGUGAUCUCCAUCGAGCUGGACGAGUGGAGCUCUCAGAUGCUGCUGGCCGACUCGUGUGUGGUCAACGAGCUGGUGUCGUCUGUCAAAGUGGAGAACGUUUCUGCUCACCACCUGCAGAACAUUCAGAACCCCGAUGGUUUUAUGGUUUAUCCUGAUCUCCAGCUCACAGAGGAGGAGCAGAAGCUGCUGGAUCAGGAGGGAGUCUCACUGCCCAACAACCUGCCCUUAACAAAGACUGAGGAGAGAAUCCUGAAGAAAGUAAGACGGAAGAUUCGGAAUAAACUCUCAGCACAGGACAGUCGCAGGAGGAAGAAGGAGUAUAUCAAUGGUCUGGAGAGCAGGGUGGUGGUGUGUUCAGCUCAGAGUAAAGAGCUGCAGAGCACCGUCGAUCAGCUGGAGAAACACAACGUGUGAGUGAACUGAACACUGUCUCAUAACAACACCAGGACUCCUAAUAUAGCUCUGCAACAUUUAUGAUGAUUUGCAAAAGAAAAAAGGCCUAAUAUUACCUAAUCUGAUGAUGCUAAAUUCAAAAAUCUCAAUAAAAAUGUUCCAUCUUAUACAGUUUAUUUUUCCAAAUUAUGUACAUGUACUGAAUCAACUUUAAUGCAAUUUAAAUGUUAACAUUUUAAUUACAAAAAGUAGAAUUUAAAAUGUAUAAUGUAACUUCAUCUAUAAAGGAGUGGAAAUGUUCAAAAUCUCCAAUUAAUGCAAAAAUAAGCU